AUUCACACGUGCGAGUAACAUAGCAAUCAUUGUUUUGAUUUUUAGAGAAACAUGUCAGAAAUAAAAGAUGAAAAGCAGAAGACCAGUAAUCCUGAAAGUAAGCCAGAGAGGUCGCGAGGAAACAAGAGGAAAGACAGAAAGGAGAAGGCCAAUCCGACCGUCAAAAUAGUGAUUCGACAUUUGCCGCCAACAAUGACGGAACAGGAAUUCUUAGAUCAAGUAGGGCCGCUGCCGGAAAGCGACUCCUACUAUUUUUGCCAAGCGGAUUGGUCCCUGGGUCAUGACGCGACAUGCCGAGCCUACAUCGACAUGACCCUAAAGGAUAACACCGAACUGCUGCAGUUUCGAGAUCGAUUUGAUGGAUACGUGUUCGUGGAUCAAUACGGCGUGGAAUACCAUGCCAUGGUGGAGUAUGCUCCAUUCCAGUGCUUCCUGAAGAACAAGUCGCGCACUGAUGACAAGGUGAACACAAUAGAGUCCGAGCCACACUACCAGGCUUUUCUGCAAAAGCUGGCCGAUGAACGAGAGGAGGCAACCCGCAUGGGUGAGGUCAAGAUCGACCUGACGUUCGACCGAAAAUCUGACGACAGGGUGAGGUCCACGCCGCUGCUUCAAUACCUAGCUAACAAAAAGGAAAAGCGGCGGGAAGAAGCCCGAAAACGGAAUGAGGAGAAAAAGAAACAACGCGAGGAGCAAAAGCAAGUCAGAUUGAUGGAACAGAUGGAAAUCAGUAAACCGAAAGAGGCCAGCGCCGAUGCUAAAAAAGAUACAGGCACCAAGCCCAAGGCCGGCGGUAAAGAUAAUCAAUCACAAAAUCAGACAAAUGAGGGAAACAAGAACUCGCGGUCAAAGCGGCGGAUGGAGCGUGACCAGCGUCGGCGCGAAGAGCAUGAGCAGCGAAAGCUCGACCGAGACCGAGACCAGAGAGACUUAAAGAUUCCUGAACGCCAAGAAAACACCGACAAGGAAAAGCCAUCGAGCUAUAAAAAUGGCAAGAAAACGAAACAGUUGAAAGAUUUCAACAAGACAGAAAGGGACAUUGCCAUUUUGAAAAAAGAAAACAAAUCUGAUGUAAAGAAAUGUGAGCCAACGGGAUCCAAGAAAUCGAUUGUAGAUGAUCCAACGCAGGCACCGGAAAAGAAGGAAGAAAGCAACCCUCCAGCUACCGCCAAGAAAAGUGCACAAGUUGUCAGCGAUCAAUCGGAGAACGACAAUUCGGCAGCUACCACGGUUAAGCAAGCAGCUCCAUCCAGGUCAAAAAGUUUCGAUGAUACCCGAAAGUCCAGCUUUAGAUCAUCCGAGGAGCGUCGCAUUCGAAAUAAGGAUCGUCCUUCCAUUGCGAUAUAUCAGCCGAAGGUUCGCACCCGUAAGGGAUCGGGAGACGGCAACAAAGACGCCGCAAAACAGCGCGAUGAGCCACUUUCGGAUGGAGAGGUUUCUAUAGUCGAGGAGAAGUCAUCGGCAAGGAGAAACAAGAGGCCAGGUCGACGCAAUAAGUCAAAGCCCAGCGAGGGUGUAUCCAAGUCUUCAGAGAAUAGUUGCAGUGCAAACCAAAACCUCUUGGCCGUCGUGAAAUAAGGAAAAUAUGUAUAUUUUGAAAUAAAUGAACAUUCACUCAUGGGAUGGCGCAAUAACGUCAGUAGAACUCGCUCUCCAUA